AAUGUUUCGGACCGCAACACCUUUACACACCUCCAAACUCGGCCGGAAACUUUUUUGUGCCGUUUGUUUCGUUAUCUUCCCCUCCCGAAGGUCGGAAAUGCAUGCAUGCACUAGGUUUCCGGCGCUGCGACUCUCAAGAACACAUUGGCUUGUUGGUGUUCAAAGGACCCUUGAACAGAGUUUGGCCCUGAUCAACAAUCAACCUGAGACGGCCUGGCCCCUCGACUAGUUGAACGCGUAAUGUUUCGUACCAUCUCGCCGGCGUAAUCCCAACCUCGUCGUCACUACCCCAGAUAUCCACAAUUGCUACAGGGAAACAUCGACUUUGUACAAUGAUCAAAGUCCUCAUCAUCAUGGCCGACUACGGCCACGACCCCACAGAGGUCGCAGUCCCCUACCAGGCUUUCAAAGAUGCAGGAUUCCACGUAAACUUUGCGACCGAAACAGGCAACCCACCCCGCUGCGAUAGCCGGAUGCUCGAGGGCAUCUCCCAAAAAUUCCUGGGUGCUGCAGCUUCCGUCUUGAAGAUCUACGAUGCUAUGACCAAGUCCCCGGAAAUGCAGAACCCGCUCUCUUGGUCCUCCCCCGGCUUCACCCUCAACCACUUCGACGUCGUGCACAUACCCGGGGGCCAUGACAAGGAAGUCAGGCAGCUCCUGGACUCGGCCUCUGCUCAGAAACUCCUUGCCGACCACUUCCCCAAGACCAAGAAGCCCGGCCGCAAGGUCGUCUCCUCCAUCUGCCACGGCCCGCUGCUGCUCUGCAACACCAAGGGCGAGGACGGCAACAGCGUCCUCUACCAUUGCAAUACGACUGCCCUCCCCGCCUUCUUCGAGGCGUCGGCCUAUCACGGUACCAGGCUGUUUCUGGGCGAGUACUACAAGACGUACGGCGCCGGCUCGGAAAACGUCGAGACCGAGAUGCGCAAAGCACUCAAGGAUCCCAGCCAAUUCAAGAGCAGUUGGUUGCCCAACAAACCUUUUGUCGUAGAAGACACCGAGUACAAUUACGUCAGCGCCCGGUUCCCCCCCGACGCGGCAAAGAUGGCUGAGAUGACAGUCAACCUGGCCCACCUGGUCCAAAGCUUCGAGGAUAAUGAGUCAGUUGGCGCACAGUCGCAGCACUAAACCUUCUUGACGCGCGUUUCGCCUCUGGGAGAUUUCUCUCCGGGAUGUCUCUCUCAGGGAGCUCGCAGAUAAUUAAUAGUCCGAGAACCGACUGCGGUGUUUUAUGAACUGCCCGUUGUUUCCACUAUAUAGGACAGCCCACGACCGGAAGGGGGGUCACGCGCCAGAAUUUAGACACAGCGCAUAAGCUCUUACAGCGUGUGUGUGGUCCAGAACGAACCGGUUUCUCUGGACAUCGCCACAAUGACAUCUUCCCGUGGGUGAAAGCAAAUCCAAUGGACAGCUGGCGUAGUUAAGCUUAACAACAUGUUCUUUUCUAGUUUGGUGGACCCCCCCCCCCCCCCCCC